CCUGGUGCACGACCGGCAUAGUGCCCGUUGUGUUUGUACCACGUUUAUACAAAUCAUGUUCAUUCACGAAAAGUAUGGGGCCGGUUCCGACGAGUAGGGAAGCAUGACAUAGAAAGAAGAGGAAAUAGGAGUGGCGCCAGUGUUCGAUUUCGAGGGACAGCGUAAACAUCGGAAGCUAUGGAGAAUUACACCAAAGUUUGCUCCACCACGAUAGACGGUGAUCUGCCCCUGGUCAAGUACAAGUCCUCAAAAACUGGCAUCACCGUUUGCGUUUCGGAGUAUGACGGCCCACUCGUCAACGGCUAUCUUUGCGUCGCCACCGAAGCAAGUGACGACGAUGGCCUCCCGCACACACUGGAACACCUCGUGUUCAUGGGAAGCGAGGACUAUCCUUACAAGGGUAUCCUGGACCAAUUGGCCAACCGUUGCCUGGCGUCGGGUACAAACGCCUGGACGGACACAGACCACACCUGCUACACUAUGACCACAGCAGGAUCAGAGGGAUUUCUAAAUUUGCUUCCUAUUUAUAUCGAUCACGUGCUCUACCCUUUGCUUACGGAGGCGGCAUACAUCACAGAGGUGCACCACGUAACGGGAGAGGGUGAAGACGCCGGCGUAGUUUAUUGUGAGAUGCAGGCGAGAGAGAAUAUGGGCGAGAGCCUGUGCAUGCUCAACAUGCUUCGUGCAAUGUACCCGGGAAAUUGUGGAUACCGGUACGAGACUGGGGGACUUAUGAAAAAUCUACGGGAGAGCACAACGAACAAGAAAGUUCGUAGUUAUCACCGAGCCUUCUACCGGCCUGAAAACCUCUGCAUCAUCGUCACCGGGAGCGUCAAACCUGAGCAAGUCCUCAAGGCCAUUGAACCCAUGGAGCUGAAAGUAAUAAAAAAGGGUCCUCGAACGCCGUUCACGAAGCCAUGGCAAACUCCCGUGCCUCCUCUGGGUAACGGCACAGACAUGGUCGUGCAAUACCCUUGCGACGAUAACGACCAUGGUUUGUGCUACAUCGCCUACCGUGGACCUCCGGUGCACUCCUUUCAAGAUGUGGUGGCGAUCAUGAUAUUACAAGACUACCUCUCGGAUACUUCCGUAUCUCCCCUCCAAAAGUUUUUCGUAGAGUCCGAGGAUCCUUACUGCUGCACGGUAAAGGGAGGCUUCCUUGAGAACAUCGAGACCUGCUUCUACUUUGUCUUCGAAAAUGUCUACAAGCAGAAAUUACUUCGCAUGAAAGACGCUCUGACUACGGUGUUAGCUAAUCUGCACAAAGACCCAAACGCCAUCAGCAUGGACCGCAUGGCCACAGUCAUCGAGAGAAGGAAGCUACGUAUUCUCAACCAGAUGGAGUCUGCACCUCAUGAAACCAUCGCUGGGUGUGUCAUUCAGGAUUUCCUCUACGGACGCUCAUUGGAAGACCUACAGUCACGCAUGUGUCAAAUACCAACAUGCACAGCCUUGUUGAACAAGGACCAAAAAUUUUGGACUGACCUGCUCAAGACGUACAUGAUAGAUAAUAAGAUUGUCACGGUGCUAGGAGAACCAAGUCCUACGUUAUUAGCUAAGCUGACCGAGAAAGAAACUCAGCGCAUCCAAUAUCAGCGAGACUUCCUCAAAGAAGAGGGAUUGCAAAAGAGAGCCGAAGCUCUCGAGAAGGCCAUCGAACUAAAUGAGGUGGAUCCUCCGAAGGAAAUGAUCCAGGCCGUAGUGGUUCCUAAGCUUUCCUCCAUCUCAUAUCAUACUGUGAUUCGCUCGUGCAAUGAGAUCAACCCUAAUGCCAUACCGCAGUUUGACCUAUCUGGGCUGCCCUUCCGUUUCGAGCUGGACAACAUCAAGACAAACUUCGUUUCGAUAACAAUAAUCAUGAAUACGAGCGACCUAACCGCCGAUCUUCGACUGUACGUUCCGUUGUUCCUGGAGCUCUUGUUGGAGUCGGCCGUUGUAACUAAGCAGGGCAAGUUAUCACACGACGUGGUUGUGCAUCAACUGGAAGCUGACACGGUGCAUGUUGGAACAGCCCUUGGAUUUGAAAAUGGACAACGGUUCUUCUCGGGAUCACACGCUCAAUGUGUUGUUCUCUUUAUGUUGGUAGACAAUAAAAAGUACAGUAAGGCGGUACAGUGGUGUCACGACUUGAUAGUAGGCAUCCAGUUUGAAGUGGACCGCAUUCAAGUAGUGGCCAAUAAGAUGGUGAAAGACGUGGUUAAGAAGAGGAGAUCCGGCCUCAAGGUUACGGGAACCAUGAUCCGUAACCUGUGCUUCAGCUCCCCCAGCAACCAGGUUGCAGCGAGUAUGGUUCGCCAGCAAGCUUUCCUCCAAACUGUCUUAGAUGCGCUCAAGAAGAACCCGGACAGUAUUGUGGCCAAGUUAAAGGCGCUACGCGAGUCUUUGUCCAAAGCAGAGAGCAUCACAGUACACAUGUCGGCGAACGUGACACCGCUUUGUGCCCUGGGAGACUUGAAGGCGUGUUGGCAAUCGUCUCUGUCCGCUCCUGCCCGUAAGCCAGUCAAAAGCAAAGAACUAGUUCAGUGCUACUCUCUGCUGCUGGGCUCGGAGGCGAGCGUCCCACGUGACAUCAUCGUUGGAGUAGGGUCAGUGGAAUCUGCAUUUCUCAUGCAGUGCACCCAAAGCCUCAAUUCCUACACCAGUCCCGACCUGGCUGCCAUGCUGGUCCUCACACAGUACCUCACUCAACUCGAGGGUCCAAUGUGGAGGCAGAUUCGUGGUCAGGGCCUGGCCUACAGCUAUAAUCUCUAUGUAAAGCCCUGCGAAGGUCUUUUAUACCUCGUUUUGACAAAAUCGUCUGUGGUGGGAACAGCCUACAAGGAAGCACUAAACAUCAUCCAACGUCAUUUGAACGAGGAGGAAGAGUGGGAUGAUGAAAUGUUGGAGUCGAGUAAAAGCAGCCUCAUGUUUGAACAAAUUGAAAGGGAAAAAACAGUGAGCGAUGUGGCGCUGCAGUCUCUGUUGGCCUACCGCAGAGGAUACGACAUGAACUACACAAAGAUGCUUCUUGAGCAAAUAUCUCGUGUGAAAGUGGACGACAUGGUGCGUGUUGGGAAACUAUACCUGGCUCCGCUUUUUGAUCCAAACAAAUCCCGGUUGGCAAUUUGUUGCCAUCCUUCCAAGGUGCACGAUACCGUCACACAGUUUGCAGAGAUGUCCCGCAAGCUGGUGGUGAUUCCUUCGCUAGAAGACAGCUUUCUUGCAAAGUUUUAAAAAGUGCUGAGAAAUGUUUGAAAUUAAAUCUUCUCAAAAUAAGUC